AUGGGCAGUGCACCUCAGAAAGACUGCCACAAUUGCCGCCGACGAAGAAUCAAAUGUGACCGUACUACCCCUACCUGCGAGAAAUGCGCGUCGAGAAGUCUGGAAUGUCCAGGCUAUGGCAUUGACAUCAAAUGGAAGCAAGAGCCUGGAAUUAGGAGAUCGAUACAGCAUGAUGACUCAACGCCGGGAGAGUCUUCAUCUUCUUCUGUCUGCACACCAGCCACGGCCGCACACCGACAUCAGGACGGCCCCGAAUACAAGGUCGGGGCAAGUCUAGCACAGCUGCGCGAAUCCGAUGAUCCUUUCCCAAGACGCCUGUUGCAGCACUACGAACGAACAAUAGCACCUCGUCUGGUAUGUGGUGAUUCACCAAACAACGUCUACCGAACCUCGAUCCUGCCGAUCUCUGCGACCAAACCUGCUGUGAAAUGUGCACUUCUCGCACUCGCAGCCGGAGAUCUCUCAACCCGUCUGAAUCAAUUACCACAAGACGUCGUCCUGGCCUCUCGUGCCAAGGACAGCUACCAAAACGAAGCCUUGACCUUCAUUGCCAGCGAUAUCAAACGUCUCAGCGACGAGGCUGAGCGUUUCAUAAUGAGUGAUCCGGACCAAGCCCGGACGAUGCUCCUUUCCGUCUUCUUGCUCGUAAUGAUGGGCAUUCGGACGGGUGAGGACCAUCUCUACCGUCUUCAUAUGCGCACUGCCGACGCUCUGAUGCAGACUUGGUUCUCCACACUUGGUGCAGGUUCCUUGUUAACGUCGAGAUUCGAGACAACUCUCAUUCACGAUCUGUGUGAUGCACAGAUAUGGUGUUCGAUCACCACGGCUGACGUUGUAAACGAUAGGCGUCUCGGCCUGCAGCACGGCGCCAAUGGUGGCUCCACGACUAUGGGCGCCUUUGUCAGGACCUUGCACCGCAUCACAGCGCAGCAGCAAUCUGGCAGACAGCAUUCUGCAGGUCAACUCCACAGCCUCCUGGCAAGCUUAAACGAUGCCAGAUGGCAAGCCUUGCGAUACUGCUCUUCUCUCGCUUCACCAGUCCACAAGGCAUUUGAUCAUUUGUUCGAGAUUAUCUACCAAGCAUCGCUUAUCUACCUCUACCGCGCUUGUCUGGCGCCGGGGCCAGCUGAAGCGGCGGUCAUAUUGCCACGACGGACUCUUUUCGAGACUCUUCGCGGCAUGAAUCAUCUGCACCCGGUUGCUCAUCAUCUUGCCUGGCCCCUGUUUAUUGCAGGUACGGAAUGCCGCAAUUUCUCUAGAGAUAAGGCAUUCGUGCAACAGAAGUUCAACGAAAUCAUGGAGGUAAGUGGGAUCCUGUGCCGGAGAAGGAUCAUUGCGUUUCUUCAAGAGCUAUGGAGCCGAGACCAGUCUAGCAGCAGCGAGAAACCAGACUGGAUUGUGCUUGCCCAAGAGUGGGCUCAACGUGGCGUGCCUAUAAUGAUCUUCUAG